CACUAUAUUAAUCUCACCCGCUGAGUAACUGAGGUUCAAUGUUUGGGAUGCUAAUAAUAAUUUUUGCGACGAGUCUAGAAUAGAGACAGGGGGAAUCUAGCAACACCAUACGUCUGAAAAGGAAAAAUCUGCAGAUUCACCCACGAUCGUAACACGUCAUUUCACUGCUGCAUAAUUGAUCUCAGGAGAGGAAAUAGGUGACACCAGAGUAUUGAUUCAAACACGACACACUUUUGUCAUGUUGGACUUUGGGAAAGCUUGGAAUGUCAACUAAUUGUUUAUUGAUUUGAUAGUAGCAGAAGUUAGGUUUAGCACCGAGAUUUGAGUCUUGACCCAAUCAAAACAACUUGGUAAUGGUGAAUAUUUUGGUGCUCUCGCCUCUUCCAUGGCUCAUACAUUUUAGAAAUGGUUAAAGACUUCUAAUAUUGUCGGUUUAAAGCCAACAUGGAAAGGGUCAUUGAGGCUCGGCGGCCAGUCCUAAGUAAAUCUGAGGGGCUUUCAAGCACUGCAAAAACAUUUUUCGGCUUGAACAUCUUUCAAGUUAUUGCUAUUGGAGGAAUUCAAAGUGCGAUGAUUGCAUGUGGAAAUUUCAAAGAUGUUCAGGAUGGGGGACUUGGACCGGGUCGAAGAAUUUACAUGGCACUCUUUCUUCUGGCUGUCUUAUACUCAUGCUUCCUCUGUUUAUUUGCGGUAAAAAAGCAAAAUUUUUUGGAAAUCCUCGCCUUUGUGUUACAAAAUUAUGGAUACAUUAGCUACAGCUGUAUACAAGUCUAUCAUAUCAGCUUCAAGAAUUACCAGAAUCAGAAGUUGGAAAGACAAACUCUGCUAGUCUAUCUGACAAUUAUUGAUUCAAUUGGGCUUUUUAUCCUGAAUAUAAUUUUCACAUGGCUUGCAAUCAAGUUGUAUGGAGAAUAUGGCUGGAAGAUAUACAAACGAGUCCGAUUCAAUAUUCGAUUACGGGCUGCCUUCCAUGUAUACGAGACAGUCGUGAUGCUACUAAAAAUGCAGUUUCUUUUCAUUAUAAUGUUUUCAAUAUGCCUGAACCAAACCAUGCACCAUGGUGACCUCAGAAGUUUCAGUCAUAUAGCAAGCUUGGUUUCCAUACCAACGUGCCUGGUGUUUUCGAUUAUUGGCGUCAUAGCAAUUCGACGAGAAAACAAGCCAGUUUCCUAUUUCUUCAUAUUUGGAGUUUUAGCCGCAAUCUUGUAUUUUAUUUACAAGAUCAUAAGUGUUGCUACCAAAACAUGUGCAGGUUGCAGUUCUUUACAAAACACGAAACGAGACAUUCCGGGUGAAGUGGAACUGCACUUAUUGUACUUGGCGUCUGUCAAUUUAAUUUUGUUGGGUGGACUUCUUGUGGCAUCUAUCAAAGCCAUCAGAAAUUUUGCUAUUGGCCUGGCUGCUCAUUUUAAAUCGGGCAUCGGCUCAAAACUUACCGUCCUCAGCCUUUCAAGAAACAUUUUGACUUCGAUUGUUACUUCAUCAGCAGAGGAAAAUGGAAUAAGCAUGGACCUUGAGAGCCCUAGACCUAGUGUCUCAAAUGAACCCAGACCAUCGAUCUUCCAGUAUCUCCCGAAGUUCUUGUCUUCAGUAGGAAACAGCAAUGUUGAAGAAACAGAUCAGGCCAAAUGGCUGUCGUUGCCUGCGCAGCUUCAUAAGGGAGAAAAGAAAGUGAAACACAUCGGAAGUAGUGCCAAAAGCAGAAUUAGCCAAAUAUUUUGGGAAAAUGACUUUGCUGCAUUUAACAGUCAACGGAGUAGCAUGUCUUCAAGACAGUACUCUACGUCACGCUUCUGCAACUGUUGCUCUUGGUUCAAAAAUCGUCGCAUCAGUGUUUCGGCUUAUGUGAUUCCUCACAAUGAAGAGCCAAUGCAUGACAGGGCUUCCGUGACAGAGAACUGCAGCCUUUUUAAAGAAGAUUCAAAUAUAGGCAGCUGGGAACAUAGGUGUAAUGACAGCAGAAUUAAGCGAAGGAAACGGUCCAGAAGCAUUGGAGGGACGAUAAAUGAUAACAAUCACCAUAAGGUAAGGCCUCAACCAAGGAGGUUUAACUCGUUACCGGAUGAAAGUUCUUUUCCUAGAGGAGUGGUUUUGAAACAAUACGGUUCGUCGAGGAAUGAAGUGAGCUCAACUCGUAAUUUUUCGGAUAGCUAUUCAAAAGCCAAUUGGAAAAGGUGUAGGUCAAGUCUUAAGACAAAUGGAACCAUGAAACACGUUGUCCCCUCCAUUAAAGUCGAGGGCUAUAACAAUAAUGGUGUUAUCAAUGGUUGCAGCAGAGUUGACGAGGUCGAAUUGCAGCACUUCGAUAUUCCCAUUGAUGUUGUUUUUAAAAACGAACAUUUUUCCACUAUAGAAAAUAACAGUAAGCGGUAUAUAGCUACUAUUGAAAGUGACAUAGAUCAAUUUACACUGCGGCGUACGAAAAGCAGCGUUUCGAGUCUAUCAAGUGUUAAGACUGGUACAAGUAUGCUUCUCGACGAAAAGAGUGAAUUCAGUCGGGAAAGGAACAAAGCAGCUUUUGAACCCUCGCACCUUGCUAAGAAGCGGAAAUUAGGUGUCGCAGAACAGUCUGCAAUAGUUAUCAGAAAAUGUUCCUCCGAAUGUGACUUGUACAACAAAAGUCAAGCAAAAGGAAAAGUAAAUUUUAUGUGUUGAUGUGAUAACGGGCGAUUAGUUGUAGAUAAAUUAGUAAAAGACGAUACAUUUGAUGUAGUAGUGAUAAAGUUAGUAGUUUAAUUCAAAGAUUCAGAUAACAAUUUCUUUAUGGUUCACUAGGCAAAGUGCUGACACAGCUCCAAGGCCGCUUUUUGUAGGGGUUCUUUUUCAAAUCUUCUUCUUCAUAUCCCAAUGCAUUUUUUGAUGGCAAAUUGUCUUUUUCCCAUCAUCGCAACCUAAUAAUUUCGCUCAAUGAGUAGGAUCCCAGGAUAAGAACCAUUAUAGUACAAAGGAACUCAUAACAAAACUUAGACGAUUCUCAGUUAUUAAGGUUUCUUAGUUUUUGUGAGAAUUCUUUAGUUUUUAAAAUUUUGUUAAAUUUUGAGUUGGUAGAAACCUUAAAAAUAUAGCGAUGCGAUAUUGUUGUAUAGUGACAGCCUGUCAAAUACCAGGCAUAGUUGUUAGCCAAACAAAUCUACGAUUUUAGCUACUAUCAAGUCACAGCAAUUUUAGCUUUUUAUCUAAAACACGAUAAUAAUUCUCGAGUUGCUUGGUCUUGUUAAUUUUUGCGGUAAACUCAUUGCAAAAUUAGAUUCGAUACCCCUCAAAAGGUGAAUCGAUUUUCACAUCAUCAUCAGGAUGUAGAAAACAGCUCGAAACGCAAGCUUGUCACAAGCGAACAGAAAAAUGUUCUUUACCAUUACCGAAGGGACAGGUAACACGCGUCUAAAUUAAAUUUUGUAAAGGUGACACAAGCUUUUUUGUUUGGUGCAAUUAGCUUAUAAAUCCCUCAGUGACAGGACAAACACGUGUCGUUUUUAAAGUUAGAUUCAGCCUCAUUUUCUUACAACCUGUUUGACAAUACUCAUGCAACGUUCUCCUUAUCACAGGUUUCAUUAUUCCCUAAAUUUUGAUGAAUUCUUUAGUCUUGCUAGUAGCUAUUCUCGCGUUUUUUUUAUUUAAAUAGUUUAUUAGUUUAUUUUACUUGAUUUCUCUCAGUACAUUUCCUCGAAUCAUGUUCUGCACUUGCCCAUUCUGCCCACCAAAUAAUUUCCUAUCCCUUAAUUCAAGAAAAUUCUUCGAUAAUAAUAAGAUCAUUCGCAGUAUUGAAAAAGAAAUUUUAGGUGCUGUAAAAUACCCUUGGAAUUAAGAAGCCUCAAUUUUUCUACAGUUGCUAAAUCGACGAUUUAUUUAAUAUUUAUAAAAUCUGAUUUAUUAUGUUGUAUUGUCAGUUUUUUUAAAAGAACGUCAAUAAAACUUUUUCUUUGUUUUGCUUUUUGAUAUCAGAGCAAAUAUUGGUUUGCGAUUGAUAUGCUCAAUUUUAAAAAGUUGAAAUGGUAAUUUUUAGGAAAGCCACCUUUUAAUCACUAAUUUAUUUCAUGUAAGGGGUAAUACGAGUUUGUGAUUAUACUGGAUUUCUAAAUUCUUUUGAGUUGUAAAUAAGAAAAAUGUUUACACCAGGUUA